AUGCGAGCGGUACUGCCGGGGAGGCCCCCAACGAAGCUCCAGGCUUACAGCACCGCGCUGUGGGAUGGUCUUCGCAUUGUGGUGUACAUUUCCGGCCAUGCACUGGUUAUCCUCGGCGGUCCGCACAAGCUCCUACAAACCAUCUAUGUCGAUGAUACCGAAGCCCUGGAGGCUGUCACCAUAGAUGAACUCUCCGGAAAGAUUGCUGUAUGCGGCGGACCCGACGUAUUUAUCUAUCAACCGUAUGGCAUCCAGCAUGAAACCUUGAAGUGGUCUCUAGUCCAAACCUUUCGCAGCGAAGAUGACGAUGAGCCUAUUCGUACCCUGUCCUGGGGUUCCUCUGAGGAGCUGCUUCUCGGCAACUCUCACCUCACUCUCUGGUUCUUGAACGAUACCCCGCGCCAAGUUUGGAAGCAGAAGCUGGCUUCUCCGGUUAAAUUCGCGCGCUUCUCACCCGAUGCAACUCUCCUUGUCACCACUGGACAUUACGACCGCAUGGCUAAAGUAUGGCGCCGACUCGCAUUCGGGACGGACAUUCGCUUCGAGGUGUCAUAUCUUCCCCACCCUACAGUCAUUACCGGGAUUCAUUGGCGAAGACCGUACCAUCGAGAGCAGUCCAUGGACAACGUCUUCUAUACCGUAUGCGCCGACAAUAAGAUUCGGGUGUGGGCGACCGUGGAUCACCAUGCCCCGACCGCCUUGCAACUAUGGGCGCAAAUUGAUAUGGCCGCUUCUGUUCAGCCGAGGCAUGCGACCGACAAGAGCGAUCCGACCCGCCGAUAUGGCUUCAUCAGAAGUACGGGAAACAAGGACAAUCACACUCUGGAGCAUAUCAUCGAAGUGGCGAAUAAGAGCCCCGAGGUCUGUGUCGUGAUCGAUGGCCAAGGGCAUAUGUCAGCCUGGGCUUUGGAAGAUGUUGGGUCCAAGGUCAAAUCCGAAAUGCACAUGUUCAAUAUUCUACAUGUGGAAGGCCUUGAUUUCGCAUUUAUGCCCGGUGUAUCCCCGGAAGAAGACUAUGCGCAGCUGCAUGCAUUCCAGGGUGCAGAACCGGGCGACUCCAUCAGCAUUUUAGUCCAUCACUUUGACGGCCGGAUUGAGUGGUUCGAUUCCCCGGUAGAUGUGCUUUUUGACCCUGCACCGCGCAAGAACCGGGUAUCCAUGAAGGCGUCGUGGACUGGACACAACGGACCCAUAAAGAAGAUCGUUCGUAAUGCCAUUGGUCACACGCUUGCCUCGCGCACGGAUGACAACAAGGCGUUGAUUUGGAGGCAAAAGCAGCGAGAGAGUGGUACGGCGCUUCUUCGCCAGAGCGAGCUGUUCUCUGACGAGCAUAUACAUCGCAGUUGCGUGCUAGAAGACGGCGACUUUCUGGUUAAUCUCCAUCACAACGGCAUCUCCUUUUGGGAUAUCCGUCCCUUCCACGCCAAAAAGCUGGCUGCCACAACAUUCCAAUUAUCGAGCAAACCGCUCUGCGUCUUGCCCAUUCCUACGGCGGAGCAGAACGGGGUGGUCUACGUAGCAACUAUUGGAGCGAGCAUGGAUGGAAUUGCUUGGGAAUUUCGACUGCCGACCUCUAAGCAAACCAAUGGAACUGCCAAUGGUACCCAGUGCCAGCUGCGGAAGUUCUGUACCUUCCAUCUAGGAUUGGACGAGGACAUAGCGUACAUCUUGCCCGUCGACCCAGCCGGCCGCAAAGCCGAAAUGCCCGGCUUCUUUGACCUCUUCUCGCCGGAUAUAGCGCUUUCAUAUACCAAGACUGGCAUUGUCCGCACCUGGACGGCCAAGAUCGACAGAGAGAAGAGCCGCGUUGAAUGGCUCUUGACUUCGACCGUCGAGACGGGCAUUAAGAACCCGUCCCUUGCUAGCGGGAGCUCCAUCAAGAAAGCAGCGCUUGUGGAUGAAGACCGCGGGCAUUUGACGAUAUGGGAUAUGAAUGAUGCACAGCUGGAGUAUGAAGAGCAUUUCUCACAAGGCGACAUCAUCCGUGACUUAGAUUGGACGUCAACGCCGGACAUGCAGUCUAUCCUAGCGGUUGGGUUUCCCCACAAAGUCAUUCUGUUGUCCCAGCUCCGAUACGACUACCUUGACUCGCGCCCGUCGUGGACGCAGAUCCGCGAAAUCUGGAUCCGCGACCUUACUCCUCAUCCGAUCGGCGAUUCUUGCUGGCUUAGCAAUGGCUGUCUCGCCAUUGGGGCUGGAAAUCAACUCUUCGUAUACGGAAACGAAAUCGAAAGUUCUGAUCAUCUCGUAUCUCAGUUACGCAUACCAGUUCGCGGAUCUUCUACAGUCGAUCUCUUCGAGGUGGUGAGCCGGCUGAAUGGACCGCUGCCCGUUUUCCACCCGCAAUUCCUGGCGCAGUGCAUUCUGAGCGGCAAAAACAACCUAGUACACGCUGUUCUGCUAAAACUUCAUCGUAUACUCAAGUUCUACACCGAGGGUGAUGAUAUCGAUGGCUUCUUGGACAUGCCCUUGGAAAGCUUCUACCUUGAACAUGAUCUAACCUUUCAGACGCCUCAACGAGCCACUUCCAAAGGGAUGGAUUCCUCGUAUGCAGAUCUAUCUAUGGAUGAAGAGUCGACAGUAGUAAAUGAGGAUACGGCCCUGGUACUCAACGAGAAUCUGGCACGAUUUACCCUGCCCCAGCUAUCCAGCCAAGAGCAAUUCCGCUUGGUGGACACGAUCGAGUGUGUUGCAACCGUGGAGAAGCAUCGCCGCUCGAUGGAUGACAAUGCUGCACGAUAUCUUCUCUUCUUCCGACAGCAUAUGCUGCGCCGGAGCCAAGGGGUAGCGAACAAAGAUACGGUUUCCUGGCGAGAAAUUGUCUGGGCGUUCCAUAGCGGCAGUCAGGACAUCUUAGUCGACCUUGCAUCAAGACAAUUUGGUGGCAAGAUGACAUGGAAAGCGGCCAGGGAGAGUGGGAUGUUCAUGUGGUUGUCGAAUCCUACUGCUGUGCGGGCACAAUUGGAAGUCGUUGCUCGGAACGAGUAUACUAAAUCGGAAGAGAAGAACCCCAUCGACUGUUCGUUGUACUAUAUCGCCCUGAGGAAGAAAAACGUCCUUCAGGGUCUCUGGCGGAUGGCGCAUUGGCAUCGUGAACAAGGUGCAACACAACGGCUGCUUGCCAACAAUUUUCAGGAAGAGCGGUGGAAAACGUCGGCAUUGAAGAACGCAUAUGCUCUGCUUGGAAAGCGAAGAUUCGAAUAUGCUGCCACCUUCUUCCUUCUGGCAGACCAUUUGCGUGACGCCGCUUUUGUGUGCCUGAAUCAGGUCGGCGACUUACAGCUUGCCAUCGCCAUCACCCGUGCGUACGAGGGAGAUGACGGUCCAGUGUUGAAGGAAAUCCUGGAAGAAAGAGUGCUGCCCGAGGCUGCUACUGAUGGAAACCGGUGGAUGGCAUCAUGGGCUUUUUGGAUGCUGGGUCGUCGUGGAAUGGCAGUCCGAUCGCUGAUUUCGCCGGUUGAGUCACUUAUCCCAGAGACGCCCGCGUCUCCAGGAACUCCAGGGAUGAUACCACUGCAAGCCAAGUCGUAUCUAUCGAACGACCCUGCAUUGGUUGUCCUUUACAAGCAACUCCGUGAGAAGACACUGCAGACCCUGAAAGGAGCAUCCAAAGUAUCCGCGCAGUCCGAGUGGAGUUUCGUCAUCCGCAAUGCGCGUCUGUACGACCGCAUGGGGUGUGAUCUCUUGGCUUUAGAUCUGGUACGCCACUGGGAGUUCCUGGGAGGGCCUCCUUCACCCCAACCGACCAAGGAGAGGCCACUCGAUUUGCAUGACGGGGUGGACUAUCGCAAGAUGCUGCGGCGACGAAGCAGUCUGGUUGUUGCGGACCUGCCGAUUCGCGAGGAUUUGAAGCAGAGUAUCCAAGCUGCGGCAGCGCCGAAACCGAAGCCGCCUCCGACAACGUUCCAGGAGCCGGACGCCAACUCGUUGCUUGACAGCUUUGGCUUUUAG